AUGGACAUGGAAUGCGGAAUUUGUACAGGGAAUCUGCAAGAGCUUGGCGGCGGCAUUGAGCUGCCGUGUCGCUGCAAGGUGCCGUAUUGUCAGCAGUGCUGGGAUCGCACACUGGCAGCAAGCCUCUCAAAGGUUGGCUUGCCCCGCUGUCCCAGCUGUCGUGUGGUGAUCCGUGCAGACUACGACGCCAAGAGGGGGCGCUUGGUCUUCUCGCGGGUGGCGGAUGCCACGAUUCGUUUUACCGACCAUUGGCUCGAGAGCCUGGACGAGACGCUGCAGCAGAACGGCGUCUUGCGGACGGACGAGGGCACCAAAUUCAUUGCUAGGGCGCAAUCUGGUCAGCUGACCAAGCUUUUUGUAAUGUUCGCCUUCCAAGAGACCUGGGAAAAGGCAAGUGGUGGCCUUUGGACCAUGCUGGAUGAGAAGAUCCCCGCGUCAGCAGCAGAGGAUUUAAGGGAGUGGCUGGUGGUGAACUGCCGUGGGGACGAGGUGCUUCCCCCCCGGGAGCCGACGGAAGAGGAGUACCCUGUGCAGAUCCGACUGCCCAAGUUCACGGAGAAGCCCUUGGUGGACAUGACGCCCGAUAGCUUUCCACUGACCCUUACCUUCAAGGAGUACGUGGUGAACAUCGAUCUUGGCUUGGAGAAGCCAGAUGCCUCCAAGACCUUCCAGCUCUCCCAAAACCAAAACCAGAUCCUUGUGUGCGAGGAUGUGGGCCUGGCGGGCCGGUGGAAGGACAAGGGCACAGGUGUUUGCCUUCACCCUGGAGACAGGUUGCUGGAGGUGAACGGCCUGAAGGAGCCGGAUCAGAUGCUGUUGGAGCUGCAGCGCGCGGAGCUGCUCAAAGUGCGGCUCCAGCAGCAGGGAAGCAUUUUCAAGAUCGAUGUCUUCAAUGCGCAGGAUGACAUGCGGAUUCGCCUGCAAAGCCAGGCAAAGCCCAGGCAGCAGGAGCUGCUGAGGGGCAGGUCGGCGGAGGCGCCGCCCUGCGUCUGCGGGGGGGAGCUGGAGCUGCUGGAGCUGAGGCAGCGGGUCCAGCUGCUGGUGAACCCGAGCGGGUUCCUGGAGUAUGCUGGCCGGCGCUUUUCCGUCAAUGAUCUCAUUGACAUGCAGGCUGUGACCUGCGACUUGUGCCAGACGCCAGUGAAGGUGCAGAGCGAGGUAGCUUCUCCGGAUCUGUCUGAGCAGCACUGUGAGAAGGUGUUGAGCGUGGACAUGCCCCUGGCCUUGGAGCAGAUCGGCGAUGAUGACUUCAAGAGCCUGAAGGAAUCCUUUCGCCUAGCCCUUCUCCAGCCACCGUUGUCCACUACGGAGGAAGAGGACCGCUUCUGGACCCCCAUUUUGUUGGGCCGGUGCUUUGAGGUGACGCAGACCAUGUUGGAGUAUCUUGAGAGCGUCAAGCUGAGCGACGUUGUUGCGGCAUGGCGCGGAGCCGUGAUGCCGGAGAAGGUUCGCGAGAAGGUUGUCAUCAAGCUGUUUGGCAGCAAUCAUGAGCACCAGCUCGACAGUGAGCCGGAACUGAGCGAGGAGCUGGCCGAUGCGGUGAAGCAGCGCCUGAGGUCGGAGCGCCGGGCCGGUGCUGUGCUGCGGGGCAGCGCCAGCUCAGCGCUGCGGAAGAAGCUGGUGGCCAUGGGCGCAGGCUACUUCCCGCAGACGCUCAGCUGCACACUUGGCGAUGCAUCCUCACACACAGAGGAUUCCGAAGCAGAGGCCACGCGAAGCUUGAUUCGACGCGCAUAG